AUGGAUUAUGAGGAAACUUUCGCUCCAGUUUCCAAACAUACCACUAUUCGUACUCUCAUUGCUCUUGCGUCUGCUCGACAGUGGUCCAUUUCUCAAAUGGACGUUAAAAACGCCUUCUUGAACGGGACUCUUCAAGAAGAAGUUUACAUGGUUCCUCCACCAUGUGUUCCUCAUAAUUCAGGAGAAGUUUGCAGAUUGAAGAAGGCUCUUUAUGGGCUUAAACAAGCUCCCCGAGCCUGGUUUGAAAAAUUCUCCAUCGUGAUUACUUCUCUCGACUUCCACCCCAGUGCACAUGAUUCAGCUCUCUUUAUUAGGUGUACUUCUUCUGGACGCACUUUACUCUCUUUAUAUGUUGAUGAUAUGAUUAUCACCGGUGAUGAUGCGAAUGGGAUAACGGAGUUGAAAACGCACUUGACUCGUGAAUUUGAGAUGAAAGAUUUGGGUUCCCUACGAUACUUUUUAGGGUUAGAAGUAUCUUACUCUCCUCGUGGCUAUCUUCUUUCUCAAUCUAAGUACAUUGCUGAUAUUAUCGAUCAGGCUCAUCUCUCUGAUGCUCGCACUGUUGAUACCCCUCUUGAGCUUAAUGUCAGGUAUUCUUCAUCUGAUGGUGUUGCCUUGUCAGAUCCCUCUCUAUAUCGCACUCUGGUUGGUAGCUUAGUGUACCUUACUAUCAUCAGGCCAGACAUCGCUUAUGCAGUUCACAUUGUUAGUCAGUUUGUUGCAUCUCCCACUACCGUUCAUUGGGCAGCUGUGCUUCGUAUUCUUCGAUAUCUUCGGGGAACUCAAUUUCAGAGUCUGCUUUUUCCAUCUACGUCUACUUUAGAGUUACGUGCCUACUCAGAUGCAGAUUGGGGUGGUGAUUGUACUGAUCGCAAAUCUACCACUGGUUUUUGCAUAUUUUUGGGAGAUUAUCUUAUUUCUUGGAAAAGUAAAAAACAGACUGUUGUCUCUCGAUCGUCUACAGAAGCAGAAUAUCGUGCCAUGGCCUCCACUACCGAUAAAAUUGUUUGGUUGCGUUGGUUACUUGCUGAUAUGGAUGUUAUUCUCUCAGAUCCCACUCCGAUGCAUUGUGACAAUGUUAGUGCUAUUCAGAUUACUCGCAACUCCAUUUUUCAUGAGUGCACGAAACAUAUUGAGAUAGAUUGUCAUCUUACUCGUCACCACUAUCAGAAUGGGACCAUCACUUUACCAUUUGUCACUUCCGCUAUGCAGAUUUCCGACUUGUUUACGAAGGCUCAUACUAUUUCUCGUUUUCGUUUCUUAGUUAGAAAACUCUCGAUGCUUCCCGCAAAUGCAUCGAGAGUUUGA